AUGACGGCGGUAGAAGCAGCGGAUAAGCCUACCGAGGGCCCUCCUGGUAGAAUAAUUAUCAAAUUUCUGCAAGAAGCUAGAGGAGGCGCUACGUUAAGUGAAAUUUUGAGUCACUUGCAAACAAAUUAUGGGAAAGAGAAUUCUGAUGAGCUGAAUCGGACUGUGGAGAAGAUCCUAGAAAAUGGAGCUGCAUUAGGCUUUCUGGAGAGAAAGGGUUCUCAUUACUUAAAUUGGGAGCCGCGAGAAAUGGCUUGUGGACGGAGGAGACGCAGGGCGAGGAGCUGUUGCCGUCGGCGAAGACAACGCCGCAUCCGUCGCCGGCGCAGUUGCUGCUGCCGUCGUCGUCGUCGUCGAAAACAUUGCUGA